GGGGGCUGGCGUCUGGCAACGCUGCAUUCGUCUAUUACAAAAAGAAUGGAAGCCACUGAAACGGGCAGUCAUUUUUGAAAGCUCUACACAACUGUCGUGACCAGUGUUCAGAUCAAGUCGAACAGUCUCGCGUCGCAUCAUUUACGCAGUCUGUUCAACGCGUCAUCAUGGAUCGCGAUAUCGAAAUGGAAGAGAACCAUUGCCGCAUAGCACAGCGGUUGGAAUUCCCAUUGAGUGACGAAGAAGAUUUGCAUGAGGCAUCCUCGACUAUCGACCGGACUUCUAGCAACAUUUCAUCAGAUCGUCUGGACUCAUCUGGAAGUGAUGAAGGCCUUGGAAUGACCAUUCGGAUAACCAGUCCUAGAAAGCCAAGGUUUCUUCGAACCAGAGCCAGAGAAUCCAUGUCUCCCCCUUACAGUGGAGUCCGGGCUCUGAGGUUGUUUGAUUCCCCGGCAACUCCCAAAACUCUCCUGGAAAACAGUUCAGCUAUGAUUACUCCAGUUCUAGCUACACCUGCACCAAGGAACAGGAUGAGGACCCUAUUCAACAUGAGUUCUGCAAAAUCAACUGAUAAAAAAGACAACUUGGACACUCCACCUGCUGCCAAUGUCAACCCAUUUACACCAACUGGAAUGCUGUUGACUAGCAAGAAGAGAACCAGAUCUAAACGAAGCCUCAAUGGGUCGUUAGUGAAUUCCUUUGACGAAGAGGUCCAUGAAGCAACCGAUGAAUCAGACGAAGAAUUGCCCCCGAAAAGGAUUGCUCUGCAUCAAACUAGUGUCCCCAGAUACCACAAGGAAUUCCAUGAGAUCUGCCUGAUUGGAAAAGGAGAAUUCGGUUCAGUGCACAAAUGCCUUAACAGGCUUGAUGGAUGCACCUAUGCCGUCAAGAAAAGUUUGAUGCCAGUAGCUGGAUCCCCAAAUGAACGAUCUGCUCUUAACGAAGUAUGGGCUCACGCAGUCCUUGGCCAGCACCCACAUGUUGUUCGCUAUUAUUCGGCCUGGGCUGAAAAUGGUCACAUGAUCAUUCAGAACGAAUUCUGCAAUUCUGGCACCCUCGAAGAAUUGAUUCGCACUAAUCAACAAAACAAUGUCAUAGUCAAUGAACCGCAAUUAAAAUCGACAUUGUUGCAGAUUGCAGAAGGAUUACAUUACAUUCAUUCCAAACAGUUGGCCCAUAUGGAUAUCAAGCCGGGUAACAUUUUUAUCUGCCGUGAGAAUAUCGACGACUGCUCGGUUCACCACGACAGCGACGAUGGAUUUGACGAACUUGAUGACGAUUACGGAUCAGUGACUUAUAAAAUUGGAGAUUUGGGUCACGUGACGUCGGUUGUGCAGCCAAUCGUGGAAGAAGGCGAUUGCCGUUACUUGCCCGUCGAAAUCCUACAGGAAAAUUACGACAAUCUAGCCAAAGCUGAUAUCUUUUCCCUGGGUCUUACAAUCUACGAGAUGGCUGGCGGUGGUCAACUACCAAAGAAUGGUGACGAGUGGCACGCGAUCCGACAGGGCCGUUUGCCAUAUAACGGCCGGUACUCUAUCGAGCUACACAAUCUUCUGGAGUUGAUGAUCCACCCCGACCCGACCUUAAGGCCGUCGACCCAAGUGUUGACACAGCACCCCGUCCUAGGGCCAAACGGUGCCAAGUCUAAAGACCAACUAAGUCGUGAACUGAAUGCUGAACGACUAAAGAACCGACAACUCUCCGAGAAACUUCAAGAAGCCGCUCGUCAUAUUCAAAAUUUAAUGCCGCUAUCGAGGUUUUCUCUCGAGGAAGUGCCAGCUCCCAAAAUGCCUAAACUCCAAAUGAACGAACCUUGUGCAGCAAGACGACUCUUGUUAGGUCGGAAAAUGAACAGAAGUCUAAGCAAUGCAGACUUCUAAAAAAAAAAGAUAAUUAAAAGCAAACAAAAAC